AUGCUGGCUGUAGACCGUGGGUAUUUCACGAGUUCAAACCCAUAUGAAGACAGGCCACAGCCAAUUGGUUUCGCCGCAACAAUUAGUGCUCCUCAUAUGCAUGCAUAUGCUUUGGAAAGACUAGGAGAUCAUCUUAAACCUGGUUCACAUGCCUUAGAUGUUGGGUCCGGUAGUGGAUAUUUAACAGCGUGUAUGGCACUUAUGGUGAGCCCCACAGGUGUUGCAGUAGGCAUUGAACAUAUUAAUGAGUUAACUGAAUUUGCAUUAGCGAAUGUUGGAAAUUGGAUGAAUCAUAGUAAAGCAGCUCAAUCAGCUCGCAUAGAAUUGGGAAAACAACUAAAACUUGUAACUGGUGAUGGUCGUCAAGGUUGGUCAGAUGAUGCCCUUUAUGAUGCUAUUCAUGUUGGUGCUGCAGCUCCAACUAUUCCUGAUGCCUUAAAAAACCAGUUAAAAGUUGGUGGUCGUCUAAUUUGCCCCGAAGGACCAGAAGAUGGAAAUCAAGUUCUAGUUCAAAUCGAUCAUUUACCAGAUGGUUCAUUCCAGCGUAAAAUACUUAUGGGUGUUUUUUAUGUCCCACUGACGGACAAAAGUUCACAAUUAGGACCAAGAAAAGAAAAAACAAAAUUCAAUUUACAUAUUUUUUAUUACUGUGAUUUUCCGACGGAAUAA